AAAAGGAUCAGUUCUGUUCGAAGCUCGCGUGGAUCCGGUCGUACAAGUGAAAAGUGUCCGGGUUUCGGCCCUCAUUGUGGUAUAUCUAGUGGGUGUCCCCUGAGGAUAGAGACAUUCCUCCGGUUGUCUAACGGUCGGUCGUCGCAAUAGAUGGGUACGUGGUAGGCUCGACAACACACGGGAGAUAACAGCGAGUCAUAGGUUCGCUAGAAGAAACGUUGCAACGGAAACUGAGUUACACGUUCCAGAAACAUGGAAUAUCUGAGUAAACCAGAAGGGCUUAAAACUAUGACACGAUGAUAAUCAUCGUACAAAAUGCACCAGAACAAGCAUUCCAAACGAUAUUUUAUGCAAGUGACCACAGAAAAAAAACUUGCCCCAGUGAGUAGUGCAUCAGUGCAGCAGUGAAAAAGUGACAACGGGAAAACAAGAGUGGACGAUAAUAUCAUCUACCGGUGCAACCGAACGAACAAAUGGACUGUCAUGAAUUAUGAAAGUGAUUUAACGCUGAAGUCACCUGCCAGGACAAGCAGCAGCUGCUGGACGGCGGCACGAUGGACGGUGAGAACCGCAUCAUCCUGAACGUGGGAGGCAUCAGAUAUGAAACAUACAAGGCAACCCUCAAGAAGAUUCCUGCUACCAGACUGUCGCGUCUGACCGAGGCACUGGCCAAUUACGAUCCGAUACUUAACGAGUACUUUUUCGACCGACAUCCGGGAGUGUUUGCCCAGGUGCUUAACUACUACCGAACCGGCAAGCUGCACUACCCAACGGAUGUCUGUGGGCCUCUGUUCGAAGAGGAGCUGGAGUUUUGGGGCCUUGACUCGAACCAGGUGGAACCGUGCUGCUGGUCGACUUACAGUGUGCAUCGGGAUACUCAGAGCACUUUGGCCAUACUGGAUAAACUGGAACUGGAUGACGAACAACCGUCGGAGGAGGCCAUCGCUCGGUUGUUCGGUUUCGAGGAAGCACUUCUCAACGGUGAGCUGACUUGUUGGCAGCGGACAAAACCCAAAAUUUGGGCACUUUUCGAUGAGCCAUCCAGCUCGACUGGAGCCAAGAUCGUAGCCGGCAUAUCGGUUUUCUUCAUCUGCAUUUCUGUGAUAUCAUUCUGUCUGAAGACUCAUCCGGGCCUGCGGGUGGAAAUACCAGCCAUACUGAAUGUUUCCACCAACGGUAGCAGCAUAGGGGCAAUCCUGGCAAACGUGACCAGCUUCGGUCCGGGGGAUAGUGCCAACAGUAGUGCUAGUAGUAGCAACAGCAGCAGCAACAACAGUAGCGAGAGUGAUGGCGAAGAGCCGGCUGCCAGUGGAGAGCCACCUCCUACGGCGGCCGCUAGGGAAACCCCACAACCGACGUCCACGAGCACGACGACGAGAAGUGGCGCCAGCAUCAGCAGCAGUGGAUUGUACCAGCGGCCGACCGGGAGACUCAUAUCGUCCGCCUACCGUGGCGGGAAGGGGGUGAAUAUUGUCGAUAAUUGGCAAGAAACGUACGGUCAACCACAUGAGGCAUUCUUCUACGUCGAGCUGGUGUGUAAUGUGUGGUUUAUUAUCGAACUAAUGGUGCGGCUUGUGGUCGCACCCAACAUAUUCGAGUUCAUCAAAUCGCCGGUGAACAUCAUCGACCUCGCGGCAACACUUAGCUUCUACACCGACGUGUGCCAACGGAUGGGCGAGCAGACGGGCCUGCUGGAGGCGUUCUCCAUCGUACGGAUCCUACGGCUGUUCAAGCUGACGAGACACUCGCCCGGGCUGCGCAUUCUGAUUCACACCUUCAAGGCGUCGGCCCGGGAACUGACUUUGCUGGUGUUUUUUCUCGUGCUCGGCAUCGUCGUCUUUGCCAGUCUGGUGUACUACGCGGAAAAGUUACAGGAUAAUCCGGACAACCAGUUCAAAAGCAUACCGCUCGGGCUGUGGUGGGCCAUUGUGACGAUGACCACCGUCGGCUACGGCGAUAUGGCACCGAAAACCUACGUCGGCAUGUUCGUUGGAGCGUUGUGUGCCCUGGCCGGUGUGCUGACGAUUGCACUUCCCGUGCCCGUCAUUGUCAGCAACUUUUCCAUGUUCUACUCCCAUACGCAGGCUCGAUCCAAACUGCCGAAAAAACGACGACGAGUGCUACCUGUGGAGCAACCCCGGCGAAAGCGGGAAGUCGGUGUCGCCAACCGGCGAAUGAAUGCCCUCAAGCAUCAGCACACCCACCCCGCCGUGACGCACCCGGCCAUCUUCAAGGACGCUUUCGGUGGGGCGAAAAUCGGUAACGUAAACGGCGUGAACGUGAUCGGACUCACCCUGCAAGGUCCCUCUGUGCCGGGAUUGGCCGUUCUGAAACCACCCUCCAUUAUGCAGCAAGGUGACUUUAUCAACGUUCCCCAGCUGAACUCCCUGCAGCCCCGGCAGCCCACCACUGGCAAUGUGGAUUUAUUGCUUCCAUUACAACCGAAACUGCUGGUUCCUUUGGUGGAUCGACGGGACCCCAACCGAAUGCCACCGACCGGAUUUGGGGGAGUGCCACCACCGAUGGUGACGGUGACGAUGACGACUGCGACAACGACGGUUACAACCGUGGUAGGAGCUUCUCCGGCUACAAUGGUUACGGCAGUGACCAGCACCACUACGAUGGGCAGUUCCAUUCCGGAGGAAAUUCCGCUGGAACCGAAAGUUACGCUGCACAACGAUUCCGGUUCGUCGUCCGAGAGUGGCCCGGAUUCACCCUCGGGCGAUGAAGUUUAGAAACAGAGUGCGGAAUGUGAAUUUGGUUCGGCAGGCAAAACUCGAGGAAAUGAGAGAAAGGAAGGUGAAAUUUUCUGGCAUUAGGAUUUUUGCUACCAUCGAAUGGUGGAUUUACUGACUGCUGACAGUAUAUUGCCUACAUGCAGUAAAACACCAUUCGUUGCAGAAUACAAUUGGAGCUAUACCAUCAAAUUGAGGUACCUACGAUGUAUUGUUUUUGUCAUACAAAAGCACCUUCUUCAAAAAAAAAAGAAAGAAACUUGUAUUUUCAUGAAAUACAAAAGUUUUAAAAACAGCUAUCUGUGUCCUACCUAUAACCGUGCAUGUGACAAAGUUGGACGAAUGGAAACGUAUGAAAUUGAAAAGGUUACCUAAUUCUACAUUGAAGGAGAUGAGUAGCUCGUAUGAGAUCCAAGGAGAAAAUAAUGCUUUAACAUUUAUAUAUGAAAAACCAAAAGUAGUAGCUGAUUGGAAAGCCAAAAGGAAAUUGAUGAAUGAACCUAGUUGUAUUUAAUCAUAAUAGAAAUUUAAAAACGAUACUCGUAGCUAAUUGUGGGUAAGUGAUCUUAACCGUGGUUACCACACGAUAUAUUUUUCUAGGCUAGUUCACGGCAUAGGAAAACACACGACGAAACCUAAAAUGAGAUGCUGAUGAUGAUCAGACACUACAAACAGUGGUACUAGAAUUCUUCAAAAUUAAAUUCUAUCAAGAAACCCAUAUGUUUACCGUACGUGGUUAUGUUUUAACGGACAGACGUUUUAUAAACAAUCCAACAAAUUAAAAACUCAGAUUUCAAGUUAUUUUAAAGUAAGUUUUCAACCGAGUCCACUCAAUUUACAGAAAGAAAACUGUCCUUCGAAAAGUUCCC